GCCAUUUCACAGCCAGUUCACCAACCGCCUGGCCCAGGGGUGUUUCCUGUCUGGACUCCACCGACACCCCCUUUUCUGCGAAGCCACGAGCGGAAGCCUGGCCCCUGGAAACGAACGGUGGCCGCGGGGAGGGUCCCACCGCGGGGAGGGUCGCGCUGCCCGGACAUGUUUCCCGGGCGCCAUGGACCCGAGGCAGGGGCCUUUCCUGAACAGAUACUACCCCAGCCCACCUCAAGGCUAUGUGCACAGUGAACUCAGACACCAGCAGCCGGGACCAGGAUCUUAUCCUAACAGUUUCCAGCUUCAGCAAAUAGAGUUUCUCAAGGGGCAGCUCCCAGAAGUACCUCUGAUUGGAAAGCAGGCACCAGUCCUGCCGCUGCCCCUCCCUGAAUUCUGGCCAAGGUUUCCAGGACCCCCUGCCAGAGGCAGGCAGCCGGAGAUCUGGGGUAUCCCCAGGGGCGCACCUCUCAGAAGUCAGGUGCUCCAGAGAGAAUUCCAGCUUCCUUCCCCACACGGCAGGAUUCUGCCAUGGAGGGGUGUCGAUAGGCUCUCCUCACACUUCCAGGACCUGCGGAUCGGCCUGCAGGGCCAGGAACAAAGGGUGUUAGAGCUCUUUCAGGAGCUCGGCGAAGGGAGGGUCACCACAGCGCAGGAUCUGGCUGCGAAGCUCCAAGCCCCCAAGAAGGAAGUCAAUCGCAUUUUGUACUCGCUAGCGAAGAAGGGCACGCUGCAUCAGGAGGCAGGAAGGCCCCCUCUGUGGAGACUUGCGGCCUCGGCCCCGCGCUGGAACCAGCCCAGUCAAGCACCGAGAGCAGACGGGUGUAGCCAGGGAGCUCCAGACUCAGCCCCCGGUUUGGAAGCUGAAGACAGAGACCCCACGUCCGGCUUGGAAGACCCUUCUGAGCCUGCUGACAUGGCCGAGAUCAGGGAGGAGAUCUGCAACUACUUGUUCAGUGUGUUCCAGUCCUCCGCUCUGAAUUUGGCCAAAAACAUCGGCCUCACGAAAGCCCGAGACGUCAACGCCGUGCUGAUUGACUUGGAAAGGCAGGGCGAUGUCUACAGGCAAGGGACAACCCCUCCCAUCUGGUAUUUGACUGACAAGAAGCGGGAGAGGAUACAAAUCAAGAGAAAUACGAACAGUGUCCCUGAAACCCCUCAAGCUGCUGUCCCUGAGACCAAAGGAAGCGCAGAGCUCCCUCCUUGUGACUCACCUGUGCAAGAUGCCUCCAACAGUGUCGCCACAGGAAACCUGGAGAAUGGGCAAGAACCGGUCAUAAAGUUAGAAAGGGAGCAGGAUGUCACCCCAGAACCAAUAAAACCGAAACCACCUGUCCGUGACAAUGGCCCCUCAAAAACAGGGUAUGUUGACUUUGAAAAUGGCCAGUGGGCCACAGAUGACAUCCCCGAUGACUUGAAUAGCAUCCACGCAGCCCCAGGUGAGUUUCGAGCCAUCAUGGAGAUGCCCUCCUUCUACAGUCAUGGCUUGCCGCGGUGUUCACCCUACAAGAAACUGACAGAGUGCCAGCUGAAGAAUCCCAUCAGCGGGCUGUUAGAAUAUGCUCAGUUCGCUAGUCAGACCUGUGAGUUCAACCUGAUAGAGCAGAGUGGACCACCCCAUGAACCUCGAUUUAAAUUCCAAGUUGUCAUCAAUGGCCGAGAGUUUCCCCCAGCUGAAGCUGGCAGCAAGAAAGUGGCCAAGCAGGACGCAGCCAUGAAAGCCAUGACAAUCCUGCUUGAGGAAGCUAAAGCCAAGGACGGCGGAAGACCGGAAGAAGUGAACUGCGGCUCCACGGAGAGAGAACCGGAGAAGACGGCAGAGGCCCAGCCCACCACCCCUUCAGCAGCUUCCUUCUUUUCUGGGAAGAACCCCGUCACCACAUUGCUUGAGUGUGUGCACAAGCUGGGGAGCUCCUGUGAAUUCCGCCUCCUAUCCAGAGAAGGCCCUGCCCAUGACCCCAAGUUCCAGUACUGUGUUGCGAUGGGAAACCACACUUUCCCCACUGCAAGUGCCCCCAGCAAGAAAGUGGCAAAGCAGAUGGCUGCGGAGGAAGCCAUGAAGGCCCUGCACGGGGAGGCGACCAACUCGACACCUUCCGAGACCCAGCCCGGAAGUACCAACACAGAAUCGUUUGAUAACUCGGAAUCUGCGAUGCCCAACAAGGUCAGGAGGAUUGGUGAGCUCGUCAGAUACCUGAACACCAACCCCGUGGGCGGCCUGUUAGAAUACGCCCGCUCCCACGGCUUUGCUGCUGAGUUCAAGCUGGUUGACCAGUCCGGACCGCCUCACGAGCCCAAGUUUGUUUAUCAAGCGAAAGUCGGAGGCCGCUGGUUCCCAGCCGUCUGCGCGCACAGCAAGAAGCAAGGCAAGCAGGAGGCAGCGGACGCCGCUCUCCGUGUCCUGAUUGGGGAGAACGAGAAGGCAGAGCGCAUGGGCUUCACAGAGCUCCCUCUCACCGGCAGCACCUUCCACGACCAGAUAGCCAUGCUCAGCCACCGGUGCUUCAACGCUCUCACCAACAGUUUCCAGCCCUCCUUGCUCGGCCGCAAGAUCUUGGCUGCUAUCAUCAUGAAGAAGGACUCUGACGACCUGGGGGUUGUGGUCAGCUUGGGGACAGGGAACCGCUGUGUGAAAGGAGACUCGCUGAGCCUGAAGGGGGAGACCGUCAACGACUGCCACGCGGAGAUCAUCUCCCGCAGGGGCUUCAUCAGGUUUCUCUACAGCGAGCUGAUGAAGUACAGCCCCCAGACUGCAAAGGACAGCAUAUUCGAACCUGUUCGGGGAGGAGAGAAGCUCCAGAUAAAGAAGACCGUGUCGUUUCACCUGUACAUCAGCACGGCCCCCUGCGGGGACGGCGCCCUCUUCGACAAGUCCUGCAGCGACCGUGCGGUGGAGAGCACUGACUCCCGCCACUACCCGGUCUUCGAGAACCCCAAGCAAGGCAAGCUGCGCACCAAGGUAGAGAACGGGGAAGGCACGAUCCCGGUGGAGUCCAGCGACAUCGUGCCCACGUGGGACGGCAUCCGGCUCGGGGAGAGGCUCCGCACCAUGUCCUGCAGUGACAAAAUCCUGCGCUGGAACGUGCUGGGCCUGCAAGGGGCGCUAUUGACCCACUUCCUGCAGCCCGUGUAUCUCCAGUCUGUCACACUGGGUUACCUUUUCAGCCAAGGGCAUCUGACACGUGCCAUUUGCUGUCGUGUGACAAGAGACGGGAGUGCAUUUGAGGAUGGACUGCGACACCCCUUUAUUGUCAACCACCCCAAGGUCGGCCGAGUCAGCGUGUAUGACUCCAAAAGGCAGUCCGGGAAGACCAAGGAGACGAGCGUCAACUGGUGUUUGGCCGACGGCUACGACCUGGAGAUCCUGGAUGGGACCAGGGGCACCGUGGACGGGCCGAGGAAUGAAUUGUCCCGGGUCUCCAAAAAGAACAUUUUUUUUCUAUUUAAGAGGCUCUGUUCCUUCCGGGGCCGCAGAGAUCUACUUCAACUCUCCUAUGGUGAGGCCAAGAAAGCUGCCCGUGACUAUGAGACAGCCAAGAACUAUUUCAAAAAAAGCCUGAAGGACAUGGGCUAUGGGAACUGGAUAAGCAAGCCCCAGGAGGAAAAGAACUUCUAUCUCUGUGGUCCCUCGACUGACCACAGGACAGUGUAGGGCGGGGCGUUUCACACCAGGGUGAGAGACGUCGGUCGGAGCAUCCCUCAGCACAUUGGACGUGGGGGCCUGUUUUUUCUUUCUCUUCCCUUUUUAAUGGAACCACAGUUGCUGGUACUGAGACCUCGGGGUUCCUGUUUGUCCUGCUUCCCUUGGGAAUACCAGGCCAGUUUCUCCAGGUCCCUUUUCUUUUCCCAAGGGGAGAGAAAAGGGGUUCUCUCGUCUCUCCACCCGACGCAUAAGCAGUCACUGAGCACCCGCAACCCACCUCCUCUUCAGUUGGGUUUGGGUGUUUUCCGUUUCCUUUCCCUCUGUCUGCUCCCCUGUCUUCUCGUGGUCAAGAGCAGGUUCCAUCAGCUCUGUGAGUCGUGUCAGGGACGAUGGUCUCAUGUGGGUGAUUUCAUCUGCAAGCCCCCCCACCCCUUCUGUGGUCACACUUCUCACUUUCCUCCAAGCAGGUGAGCAGGGGACCUACAGAGUCUAGUGAGGCAGUUAGAAGGACAGGGUUUGAAGCUGCAGUCAGCUAAUUCCUGGUGCCCAGUGUGAUUGGGAUCUGUAGACAAUACUCAUUGAUCUUCGGAUCUUGCACUUUAGCCAGCUGGGGAGGGGCCCAGAGGCAGGGACAGCUGCCUCUCCAAAGUGUGUCCCUUGCCCAGGUGGCAGGAAAGGUGAGGGCCAGCCAGACUGGACGAGGGAAUUGCCCGAGGGGCGGCUGAGAUGCCCCCUGCAGGGCUGGCCAGUCUGUUUCCCAGGGGAGCACAGGCGGGCCUUGGAGUGUCGCCAGGGCCCCAGCUGUCGCUCCUCCUAAAGCAUUCCUAGGAAUUCGCCCUGCCAGUACAGGGAUUAGGGCCUGGAGGGCUGUCCUCUUUCCUUAAGUAAACAGGACUUAGCAAGAACAAGGCAGAAACGAGGUCGGGGCAGGUCGCUGUCCCACCCAGCAUAUUUCUUAGGACAGCGACCCCAGGGGAGGCCAGUUAAGUCGUGGGUGAAUUAGGAGUGUUGAAAGGAAUGCCAUAAUUUGUAAUUGCACAGGUUGAAAUUCAGAUACAAUUUUCCAUUUAUCCAGGCGUUUAUCAUGCUUUUGUUCUGCUAGGUAGCUCCAGAAGGCUGUUCGCGGGCAGGUCGCACACCUGUGGUGUCCCUGCCUGGCGGGGAGUUCUUCAGGGUUGACGUGACAGCAGUCGUAGGGCAAAGGGCAGGUUGUCCUCAGAUUCUGUGAGGGGGAGUCCCCAGUCUACACCUUAAGUAAUGACACUUGUGGUCUGAGCCUCCGGCUCUUUGUGGGGCCUGGCUGUAGGCCAGCGUCAGGCAGACACGCUCCAGAGAGGCACAGAGGCCCUGCCGCCUCGCCACCUGCGCCGGCCUCUCUGGAGGAAUCUUCUCUCUCCGUCUGUGAACGUGCUGAGCCAGCACCCUCCAUGGUUUCCCACCCUCCCCUGCCCCACCCACUGCUGACUAGGCAACCCCGCCUGUCCCCCCCCCUUCAGCAGUAGGUAUGUCCACGUGUAUACUUUUGUUUUUAUUCUUGUAGCUACUGUUCCCAAAAACUGACCAAAUGAGAAACCCAAGUUUUAUUAACACACUUAGGGUGUCUGCAGACACCCGAGUGUCUGGAGGGGCUCGUAGGGAAACGGCGCUGUCUCCUGGAGCGGAGGGAGCCUGCCCGCCGAGUCCUGUGCGUCUGCUGAAGGCACAGUGGGCAGUCCUACCUCGGAGGCAGCUGGUCCUCCUGCUGCUCCCAGCUGGAGGCUGUCACCCGCUGGUUCCUCAGAAUAUCGCCCCCCCUGGUCCAUCUCAGGCACUAGAAUCUCUGGCUUAGCUCUUUAACCAGGAGCACAGGGCUCUCAAAAGACCAGAGACCCCGCUCACCCCAGGGUCUUAUCUAGCAAGCUUGAAGCAUUUGGUUUCUGCUGUAGGAAGAAAGCAAGGCACCCCGAACCCCCCGUGUCUGCUGGAAUCAAGCCUGUGUCGGGCCCUGCACAGCCAUGCCGCCCCCGCCCCAUGCCCCUCAGUCACAUGGGACAGAGGAGGCAGAGCCCGUGCCUGAAUCCCUCUCUUCACUUUCUCGUCCACUAUUUGUUUUUAAUGAGCAGGACCCCCUUCUGCCUCUCCCCCCACCUUUUUUUAAAUGAUCUUUGUAGUUGAUUUGUCUGAACUGUGGCUAUUGUGCAUUCUUUGAGUAAUCACUUGUAAAAGUUGUCGCUGCUCGAAGCUAUUUUCCUUUACUCACUUCUAAGAGAUUUUGCUGGUUUGGGGGUCCUGGCAGAGACUCCCAAGAGCAGAGUAGGGAAGAGCCCCGCGGGGACUUGGAUGCCACGAUGGCCGCAGUCAGGUUUUGAUUCCGCUUUGUGUGCCCCUUAACAGAGACUAACUGUCCACAUUCCUCCUGAAUAAAAGAUCUGAAUUGGUA